AUGGCAACAGACAGCUGCUUGGGUUGUAUCGGCCAGUACGCACGGCGACAUUGGCUGCUUGGCGGGCUCUGGGCAUUUCGGUCAGCAUGGCAUGUGAUUGGGCUGGAACUGGUCAUACGACUAAAUUACAGUCUCGUCAUUACAUCCGAUAAUACAGAUUAUUACAAUGGAGGGAAAAGCAAGAUGCCGAAAAUUACGUCAAACCAGGCCAGAGUUGGGAAAAGGUAA